UCUGGAUCUUCCCUUUCUUCUACAGUCACGGUUAGGUCUUGCCACGCUGAUCGACGGCGGUGGGGGCGAUGCCAGGCGAUCCUCCGGCUUGACUAUCUUCCAUAUUCAACUCGUUUUCUUAUUUCCGUUUACUGCCGUUAAUCUCCGGAGUUAGGGUUUCUAUCGAGCAUUUGGAAGAAAAGCCACGGAUCCGAUGGGGUUCUUCGUGGGUCUUUUCAUCCUUGCACUCCUAUGUGCUGCACCGCAAUUGCUUGCGGUGGAUGGUGCCUCCCCGUCCAACCACACCAACAAAUUCCGCGACCGGCAAGCAAGUGAUGAUAUGCUCGGAUAUCCCCAGUUAGAUGAAGAUGCUUUGUUGAAUACCAAGUGUCCUAAGCAUAUAGAAUUGAGAUGGCAAACCGAGGUUAGCUCCAGUAUAUAUGCAACUCCAUUGAUUGCUGAUAUCAACAGUGAUGGCAAGCUAGAGAUAGUGGUACCAUCAUUUGUCCAUUACCUCGAAGUAUUGGAGGGUUCUGAUGGUGAUAAAAUGCCAGGAUGGCCUGCUUUCCACCAAUCGACAGUCCAUUCCAGCCCUCUCUUAUAUGACAUAGACAAGGAUGGUACAAGAGAAAUAGCAUUAGCUACCUAUGAUGGAGUUGUAAAUUUUUUCAGGGUCUCUGGCUAUCUGAUGAUGGAUAAACUAGAAGUACCUCGUAGAAAGGUUCGUAAAAACUGGUAUGUUGGCUUGGAUCCAGAUCCAGUGGAUCGUUCACAUCCAGAUGUCCAUGAUGAUUCAAUUUCCAAGGAGGCUUCUGCUAAGAACUCAAUAUCUCAUAUAAAUGGGAGCAUGAAUGGGUCAAAUAAUUAUGAUUCUACAAACAUUGUGAACAACCUCUCAAUGAAUACAUCUAAGCUUGAGGACAAAGGAAAACUUGAUGUUGCCCAAACUAGUCAAUACAAUGGAGUGUCAAGCAAUCUUAAUGACACAAUCAAAAGGGACACUUCAUUGGGAAAUGGUACAGAGGAAAAUCAAACACAGACACAAAGAAGGCUUCUUGAAGAAAUUGAUAAUCAAGGGGCCCACGAUGGACAUUUGGAAGACCAUAACACUAGUGACAGAGUGCAAGGAGCAACUGUGGAAAAUGACCAAGAACUGGAAGAAGAAGCUGAUUCAUCUUUUGAUUUGUUUAGAGAUACAGAUGAGUUAGCUGAUGAGUAUAAUUAUGACUAUGAUGAUUAUAUUGAUGAAUCAAUGUGGGGGGAUGAAAAUUGGACAGAAGAGAGCCAUGAGACAGCCGAAGAUUAUGUUAGCAUAGAUUCACACAUACUUUGCACUCCAGUAAUUGCUGACAUAGAUAAUGAUGGUACUCAAGAAAUGGUUGUGGCUGUUUCAUACUUCUUUGACCGCGAGUAUUAUGAUAAUCCAGAGCAUUCAGCUGAGUUAGGGGGAAUCAACAUUGAAAAAUAUGUAGCAAGUGGGAUUGUAGUUUUCAACCUUGAUACAAAGCAAGUCAAAUGGAUUCAAGAUCUUGAUUUAAGUGUUGAUUCGGGGAAUUUCCGUGCAUAUGUUUAUUCUUCUCCUACUGUGGUUGACUUGGACGGUGAUGGAAAAUUGGACAUUCUUGUUGGCACUUCCUAUGGCUUGUUUUAUAUUUUGGAUCAUCAUGGCCAAGUGAGAAACAAAUUUCCUCUUGAGAUGGCUGAGAUUCAAGCACCAGCUGUGGCAGCUGAUAUUAAUGAUGAUGGCAAAAUUGAAAUAGUGACAGUUGACACUCAUGGAAAUGUUGCAGCAUGGACUGCACAAGGAGAAGAAAUUUGGGAAGUGCAUCUUAAGAGUCUAAUACCACAGAGCCCAACUGUUGGUGAUGUUGAUGGAGAUGGGCAUACUGAUAUAGUGAUCCCAACCACAUCAGGGAACAUCUACGUUCUCAGUGGCAGAGACGGUUCACAUGUUCGACCUUUCCCUUACCGAACCAAUGGAAGAGUUAUGAGUCGGAUUCUUUUAGUUGAUCUAAAUAAACAAAAUGAGCAAUCUAAAGGGCUAACUCUAGUUACCACUUCAUUUGAUGGCUAUUUGUACUUGAUUGAUGGAACCACAGGUUGUCCAGAUGUUGUUGACAUUGGCGAGACUUCACACAGUAUGGUCUUGGCUGAUAAUGUUGAUGGUGGACAUGACCUUGAUCUUAUUGUGACUACUAUGAAUGGCAAUGUGUAUUGCUUCUCCACUGCCUCAUCGCACCAUCCUCUUAAGGAAUGGAGAUCGCCCAACCAAGGUAGAAACAAUGUUGCAGCUCGCAAUUACCGUGAAGGUAUAUUCAUUUCGCAUGCAUCCAGAGCUUUCCGUGAUGAAGGAAAACAUUUCUGGGUGGAGAUGGAGAUUAUCGACAAAUACAGGGUGCCUUCUGGGUUUCAAGGACCCUAUACUGUUACAACAACUUUGCUAGUGCCGGGAAAUUAUCAAGGAGAGAGGCGUAUUGUGGUAAAUCAGGUCUACGAUCGUCCUGGGAAGCAGCGGAUCAAGCUUCCAACAGUACCUGUCCGAACAACAGGAACAGUCGUGGUUGAGAUGGUGGACAGAAAUGGGCUUUACUUCUCUGAUGAGUUUUCACUCACCUUCCAUAUGCAUUACUAUAAACUUUUAAAGUGGCUUACAGUCUUGCCGAUGCUUGGGAUGUUCAGCAUCCUUGUUAUUCUCCGGCCACAAGAGAGUGCUCCUUUGCCAUCCUUUUCAAGGAACAGAGAUUAACAUCUGAGAGUUGGGAUCGGGAUCAGCACAUCGGCAUAGGAAUGAUUCUUUGAACUUUUCAUUCCAACAGUUCGAGUCUAAACUUUGAAUGAAAUAGAGAUUAUAUCAAUUUUCACUAAUUGCCAACUCAGUUGAACCAUCAAAUUAGGAAAGCUCGGGUGUUAUAUUGUAUUGGA